AUGCCCAGCGGGGGGCCGCGCCAGGUGCUCCGGCUGCAGUUCGGGCUCCUCAACGAUGCCGACCACUACCUGACGGCGGAGAGCUUCGGCUUCAAGGUGAACGCGGCGGCGCCCAGCCUCCGGAGGAAGCAGACGUGGGUGCUGGAGCCUGGCCCCGGGCAGGGCCCCGCGGUGCUGCUGCGCAGCCGGCACCUGGGCCGCUACCUGUCGGCCGCGCAGGACGGGCGCGUGGGCUGCGAGGCCGAGCGGCCGGGCCCCGACUGCCGCUUCCUGGUGCUGCCGCAGCCAGACGGGCGCUGGGCACUGCGCUCGGAGCCGCACGGCCGCUUCCUGGGCGGCACGGAGGACCAGCUGUCCUGCUUUGCCACCGCCGCGUCGCCGGCCGAGCUGUGGACCGUGCACCUGGCCAUGCACCCGCAGGCCCACCUGCGCAGUGUUGGCCGGCGGCGCUACGCACACCUGUGCCGGCAGGAGGACGAGAUGGCCGCGGACAGCGACAUGCCCUGGGGCGUGGACGCACUCGUCACGCUCACCUUCCGGGACCGCCAGUACUGCCUCCGGGCCUGCGACGGCCGGUACCUGCGCGGCGACGGGCGCCUGGUGCGGGAGCCCGAGGCGCAGGCCCGCUACACGCUCGAGUUCAAGGCCGGCAAGCUGGCCUUCAAGGCCUGCGACGGCCACUACCUGGCCCCCGUGGGGCCCGCCGGCACGCUCCGGGUGGGCCGCAACACCCGGCCUGGCAAGGACGAGCUCUUCGACCUGGAGGAGAGCCACCCGCAGGUGGUGCUGCUGGCCGCCAACCACCGCCACGUGUCUGUGCGCCAAGGGAUCAACGUUUCAGCCAACCAAGACGAGGGGCUGGACCACGAGACCUUCCUGAUGCAGAUCGACCGGGAGACGCACAGAUGCACCUUCUACGCCAGCACAGGCAGCUACUGGGCCCUGGUCAGCCACGGGGGCAUCCAGGCCACAGCGGCCCAAGUCUCGGCCAGCACCAUGUUCGAGGUGGAGUGGCGCGGCCGCCGGGUGGCCCUGAAGGCCAGCAACGGGCGCUACGUGAGCAUGAAGAAGAACGGGCAGCUGGCGGCCAUCAGCGACUUCGUGGGCCACGACGAGCUCUUCGCCCUGAAGCUCAUCAACCGGCCGCUGCUGGUGCUGCGCGGCCCCCACGGCUUCGUGCGCCAGCGGCGAGGCUCGGCCCAGCUGGACACCAACGGCUCCGCCUACGACGUCUUCCAGCUCAGCUUCAGCGACGGCGCCUACCACAUCCGAGGCCGCGGCGGCGGUUUCUGGCACACGGGCAGCCACGGCCGCGUGCGCAGCGACGGGGACUGUGCCGAGGACUUCGUGCUGGAAUUCCGGGCCCGUGGACGCCUGGCCAUCCGCGCCCCCAGCGGCCAGUACCUGCGGGGCGGCGCCUCAGGGCUGCUCCGAGCUGACGCCGACACGCCCUCGGGCUUCGCACUCUGGGAAUUCUGAGCCACACC